AUGUGUCAUGAUACAUGCACCGGAAAAGAUGAUCCUAUACAGCAAAUUCUGGAAAGUGACCCAAAAAUUACACUUACUUAUCCGGAAACAAUCAUUUCACCCAAAAGUAGUGGAAAUCUGACACGCUUAUUUCUUGGACUUGCCAUUGGUGGUGUGGAGACAGACGCAGAUGGUGUUGUCACAUAUGCACGAUCGUUAAGGACAAAUUUUAAACUCAAGGAAAAUUUCCGUUCAGAAAUUCUGGACGAAUUUUCCAAACAAUUUGUCAGAAAGAUGAAUGAGGAACGAGAAGAGAUAGAAAAGACCUUAGAUGUCGAUAUCAGCUGGUGGUCAUAUCGUGAGUUCGUGCAUGAAGUUAUUUUUGGAUUAGAAACUAUGCAUUACUUGCUAAUUGCAUCUGCAGCUAUUCUUGUGCUUGCAUGCUUGGUUGCAAGUUUUGGUGCAAAUGGUUAUCAGAGCAAACCGGUUCUGGGAUUAGUAAUUGGUGUUAUUUUGAUCGUUUCUUGUCUGGCCGGUUUUUUUGUUCAACUUACUGGAGUGGGAUAUGUCAAUGCGAUUGUCUUCCCAAUCUUCUUCAUCCUUAUCGGUAUUGGAAUACUAAUGCUUUUCACGCUGGAAGAUACAUGGUCGAAGUAUUCAAAUGUCGCAUGUGAUCCAGUCGAAAAAUUAUCGCUAAUCCUAAGUUGGGAUGCUCCAUGUACUACAAUCACCGCAUUUAUUAUCAUCGUUUCAUUCGCGGUAAUCGGUUCAACGACAAAAAGUCCCUACUUGCAAUACAUGUCAUUUGUGUUAGCAGCUGGUGUCGCCGUUUUACUCAUCUUUGCUCUUCUCUUUUUCACCGUAUUUCUGUAUAUCGCGGGUCGCCGUGAAACCAAAGGUGUCAAGUGGUACCAGUGCUUUCGGUCCGGUGAUACACAUUUUGCUCCUCGAACAAUCAAUGAAUUCAGUGAUUCAAGUAUUGAAAUGCUUCAUGAAAAGCUCAUUGAUACUAAGCCAUCAUUUUCGAGAGCUACUGCGGCGGCAAUGGCUAAUUCAUAUCUUCGUUGUCCGGUUGCAUUCAUUUUUGCCAUCUAUUUGGUGCUUGCUUUUUGGGGAUGCAAAGAUGUUCGAAUAGAUCUGAAGGAGGAAUAUUUCCUGUCACAAGAAAGUGAAUCACGGAAAUUUAUUGAUAAUUAUCGUAUUGAAUUUGGACAAUAUGAAGAUUUUCUUGAAUUAAUAUUCGAUGAACCAAUCGAUUAUCUUGAUCCACAUCGAAAAGAUGAAAUCCUUGCCAUACUAGAAUGGCCUAUCCAAAAUCAGUUAGCAACAAAGUCAGUGAGUUGGUUGAAAGAUUUUGUGCGAUUCGAAAGUACAACUAUCUAUGAUAUAAAUCCGGAUACAUUUGUGCCAGUUAUUGGUAUUGUUUUUUUGACUGCUGAAAAUUACAAAAAAUAUCGGAAUGAUAUAAUUUUUGACAAAUUUCAAACACGGAUCGUUGGAUCGAGGAUGUACAUUGAAUUAACAGCUAAAGGUGUUCAAGACAGAUUGUUUGUAAUUGAUGAAUUAUUGAAUAAGGCUCGUUCAGCUGGUAUAUCAAUGUUUGUGAAGACACCGUUUGUCUUUGCCAUUCAACAUGAUUUACAGGUGAUAUCCACAGUAAUCAUAGCAUUCAGCUUACUUCUGUGCUGUGUUUGUACCUUAUCACUAUUCCUUUUCGGGAUACCAUCCCUAACCGUGAUGGUAUUAUUAUCUAAUCUAUCUGUCAUUGUUGGUGUCAUUGGUUUUGCAAAUUAUUGGAUGAUUCCCAUUAAUGCUAUCACUUUAUAUAUGGCUUUGGCUGGAAAUGCUUUAACAACUACAGUUGUUUCCUAUUUCUGUUAUAAUUUUGCAACUGCUGGAAAAGGGCAAAAAACUGGCGAACAACGAGUACGCUAUUCUUUCCAGUCAUGUUUAUUGCCGAUAACCUUGGCAUGUUUUGUGCCAGUUGUGACAUUUUUGCCAUUACUAUUAACUGGUUUACUUGUGAUGAUGCAUGUCUUCAAGAUAUUAUUACUCACUUCAUUUAUCACUUACAUUCAUUUAUUCCUUUUCUUGCCAAAACAAUAUUCAUAUGCAUUAGCAGCGCCACCAACUACAAGAGGAAUGUUGCUUUCAUCUAAAGCAGCGGGUUAUUUACCGGUAACUGCUACGGUUGCUCCUGCCUUGAUACCUGAUGUACUUCCCUAUCAACCGAAUCCAAUGUAUCGAUCAUCUAAUAGUCGACGUCGUGAAAAUAGCGAGCAAUCUCUCAGCCUACCAUCAUCACCACGAGUAACCCUAUCUAAUCGACAUACACCUCGACGAGAACGACGACGAAUGACCACCGAGGAUCAUUCACCAAAUGACGAAUCGAUCUAUGAAGAACCGCCAUCAUUGUCUUCAAAUUUACCUGAAUCACACUCACCAGUGCAAUCACGACGUUAUGAUGGGCGAAAACCGGAAAGGCGACAGUCUCAUUCAUCCACCUCACGACAUGUUUUACGUGAUGAGCGGUCUUCGGAACGAGAUUCGGCAAUUGAACUGCGUUCUAAUUGGAAACAAUACCUGAUCGAUGGUAAUUUACGCCAAACUGCCGGUAUUGUUGUUUCAACGUCUCCAUCUUCCACUCCUCAGUCAAUGAUGUACUACUCGACACCUACUUAUCGGACGCAACCGCCACGCUACAGUCGUGAUAAAAGAUUUUAA